AAUGAAAAUAGAGGGUAGAGACGUUUGGUUAGUUUUUGCAACAUACAUGUUGUUGGUUGUAGUGAGUUUGUGCUGCAAUCUAAUAGCGCGUGUAUUGUGUGGUAGAUUGAACCGUUCAAACCCUGGUAGGAACGGGGUUGAAGAGGAAAUAAUUCCUGAUGAGUACUCGAUGGAGAUUACAAGUGGUAACAUAGUGAUAAACUCUCUUCCGGUUUUUCAGAUUAAGAAAGGGGAAGAGAUGGCGGUUAACGUGGAGUGUGCGAUUUGUUUGGGGGAAUUUGAAGAAGGGGAAUGGAUAAAGCUUCUACCGAAUUGCACACACGGCUUCCACGUGUCAUGCAUUGACACGUGGUUUCGGUCUCAUUCAAAUUGCCCCCUUUGCAGAUCUUGUGUGGCUCAUUACACAGAUUCUUGUGAGAGGGAAGAGUCGGAAGAAUUUUCCACGGGAACUGAUGCGCAUUUCCAAUCUGUUCCUUCUGAAAUCUCUCCAAAUUUGGAGAUUGUACACCACCACUGUCCUCAUUAAUUCAUUUCUCU